AGUUUGGAAUUGCCUUUGACCGCGUGCGGACGGCGACGCCAGCGAGUUGUUGUUUGGUCGGCUUGAACUGACACUCUGUGCAUGUGUAUGUGAUGUGGUCUGUGUGAGUGUGAAAAAAAACAACAACAACAACCAACAGAGCGUACAAUAUUGUGGGCAGAGCGAGACAGAGAAAGAAAGCGACAGAAAGAGAAAGAAGAGAGGUAGCUAAAUUACACGCAUAAAUUGCGUAGCGCAAAAAGUUCUGAAUGAAAAAGUCAAGGCAUACGGGCUGAAAGUACAACAAGCGAUAAAUUCUCCACUUUGAAGCUACAGAUGCCAACUUCAACUAAAAUAAACAACAAUUAAACACUGCCAUAUUGCAACAAAGAAGUAACUGACAACAACAACAAGAACGACAACCAAAACUACCUCGUUGCUGGCCAAGCACAACAAACACACGUACACACACACACACAUAUACACAUACACACAAUUCGAACAUCACUCAAAUUGAAAGCGAACUCAUUUCCAAUGUAGCAUCCCCAAAGGAAAAUGGAACAACAAAUUUCCAAGACAACUUAAGCAGCAGUAGCAAUAAAAAAUAAUAAAAAGGAGCAGCUUCAACAGUCGCUAGCCACAAUCAGCAAAUCAAAUUGCAGCCAAGAGCUAAAAAGCAUCACAGCAAAAAGCGGGCACACAUUACGUAUACGCAACGUGCAGCAUGAUGAAAAGCAUUAGCGAUGUUGAGGCGCCUCCAGCGCCAGCAACAGCUGCAAUCGCAGCAAUAAAUGGCCAACAGAAGCCAAGCAAUGGCCACGCCCAUGCACAUGGCACGCCCACACAGCAACAGCAACACAGCAAUGGAAAUGUGCAUAUGAAUGGGAAUGGAAAUGGAAAUGGAAAUGGACAUGCCUAUCAUCAGAAUGGAGGCGGUAGACGUGACUCGACACAGGCAUUUACGCCGCUAUUGGCCCAGCACAAUAGCACGAAUGGUGAUGUGGUCACGGUGACGCCCCCAACGCCCACAACGGUGCUGUACGAGAGUGCGCCGAGCAACAACAACGAGUGGAAGGCAUCGGAGGAUAUUAACAAUCUGAAGAACGGUCUGCUCAGCAAUAAUAAUGGCAAUGGACACAAUGGACACAACGGACAUAAUGGACAUAAUGGCCAUAAUCUGCGCGAGAAAUAUGCCCAUGAGCAGGCUCCGCUGACCGGUGGCUACAAGCUGCCCGGUGGUGCACAUGCCCGAGGCAGUGAAUCCGAGGAAUCCGACUUUGACUCGGAUCUAAAUGGUGGUGAUGAUGGCUCCAAUUGUGGUUUGUUUGGCUGUCGUCCGCGUUGGGCACGUCGGUUUGCCUCGACGCACGUGUUCAUGGUGGUGUUCCUGCUGGCAUAUAUACUCCAGGGCAUGUACAUGACGUACUUUGUGUCUGUGAUCACCACAAUUGAGAAGCUGUUCCAGAUCAAGUCCAAGACAACGGGCUUCCUGCUCAGCGCCAGCGAGAUGGGUCAGAUCAGCACGGCCAUGUUGCUCACGUAUUUUGCGGGACGUGGCCAUCGACCACGUUGGAUUGCCUGUGGCAUGGUGCUCUUCUCCAUUGCGGCCUUUGCCUGCGCCCUGCCCCACUUCAUCUUUGGCGAGCAGCUGAUGCAGUCCAGUGUCUUUCUCAAGCCCCAGGCGCCAUUCGCCUCGUCAUCCUCGUCGUUGUGGAGCAAUACCACCGAUCCGAAUCUCUGUAUGCUCGGUGGCAAUGGCACAGUGGCGGGCAGCGAGUGCACCGAGGAGCGUCAGUUGGAGCAGGCAUCGCACACCAAGAUCACGGUCAUUGUACUCUGCAUCUUCUUUGGCAGCCUGCUCAGCUCCGGCAUUGGCCAGACGGCUGUGGCCACCUUGGGCAUACCCUAUAUCGAUGACAAUGUGGGCAGCAAACAGUCGCCCAUGUACAUGGCUGUCACCAUUGGCAUGAGGAUUCUGGGACCCGCCUCGGGAUUCAUUGUUGGCAGCUUCUGUACACGCUGGUAUGUGAACUUUGCCAAUCCCGGUUUUGAUGCCAGUGAUCCGCGUUGGAUUGGCGCCUGGUGGCUGGGACCUGUGGCCAUUGGCAGCCUCAUGUUGCUGGCCUCCAUUGCCAUGUUCUCGUUCCCCAAGCAGCUGCGUGGCAAGCAGCAGGCUGUGCCUGCCACCACGCCACCUGAGCAGGAGGAGAAGCCCAAGCUGAAGGACUUCCCCAAGACGGUGCGUCGUCAGCUGAGCAACGAUAUACUCAUGUUCCGCACAGCAUCGUGUGUGUUCCAUCUGCUUCCCAUUGCCGGAUUGUACACGUUUCUGCCCAAGUAUCUGGAGACACAGUUCCGCCUGGCCACCUAUGAUGCGAACAUGAUUGCCGCCUUUUGUGGCAUCCUCGUCAUGGGCAUUGGCAUUGUAAUCUCAGGUUUAUUCAUAUUGAAGCGCAAACCAACGGCCAGGGGAGUCGCCGCCUGGAUUGCAUUCACCGCACUCGUUUACUCCGCCGGAAUGAUCAUACUCAUGUUCAUUGGCUGCAGCACCAAUGAUUUUGCGGGCUACAAGGCUGGCAAUGCCAACAGUCCGACAAUGAUCGAGCCCGCCUGCAGCACCGUACUCAACUGUACCUGUGAUAAGGAGAACUUUGCCCCAAUUUGUGGCACCGAUGGCAAAAUGUACAUCUCGGCCUGCCAUGCCGGAUGCAGCAGCUCCACGUUGCGUACCAGCGACAAUCGCACACUCUACUCCGACUGUGCUUGCAUUCCAGAUGCUGCUGAGGCGGUCAAUGGUUACUGUGAUAAUAACUGCAAGAACUUUAUCUACUUUAUUUUGAUUUUUGCCAUUUGCGUAUUUAUGCAUUCCACCUCCGAGGUGGGCAGCAUGCUGCUCGUCAUGCGCUGUACACAUCCUAAAGAUAAAGCCAUGGCUAUGGGUGUCAUACAGUCGGCCAUUGGGCUGUUUGGUAAUGUUCCUUGUCCAAUCAUUUAUGGCGCUGUCGUGGACUCGGCCUGCCUCAUUUGGAAGUCGGUUUGUGGCAAACAUGGCGCCUGUUCGCUCUACGAUGCGGACACCUUUAGACGAUACUUUUUGGGCAUUACGGCUGGCAUAAUGUUUCUUGCAUUUCUUAUGGAUUUGGUCGUCUGGCGCAAGGCGCAUCGCAUUGACAUUGCGCCGGAUCAACAGGAUGGUGCAACGGAUGCACCUGCCACACGUUUGGAUGUGUCCGAGUCGAAGCAGCCCAUUGCUCCGGCUCCCGACACAACAGUCUAAAUGCAAAAUCAAAAAUGAAAAAAAAAAACUACUCCGCUGCAAAAAAGAAAAUACACAUUGCAAGAUUUCCAAUAAAUGUUUACCUUAAUUGUUAAUUA